AUCCGGUGACGUCACAAUCAUCCUCCCACCAAGAUGGCCGCGGUCGGGCGGUUUCUUCUCGGGAUCGGCGGCUCCUUGCGGGCUGGGGUGACGCGGGGCCUUCUCAAUCCCCACAUUAAAGCUGGGGGUCAGUUUAACUCUUCUAGAAAAGUGGUGAUGUCAAAAUCGGGUGCUAUUUUGCCCAAGCCCGUCAAGACUCCCUUUGGUCUCAUGAAAGUCUUUAUUGUGGUCAUCCCUUUUCUGUACAUGGGCACUCAGAUCAGCAAGAGCUUCGCUUCACUACUGGAGGAACAUGAUAUUUUUGUCCCAGUGGAUGAUGAUGACGAUGAUUAACUAACAGAUUUCUGCUGUGACUUAGAGCUGCUCUCAUUGGACUGCACACUAUAGUAACGACUAACUGUACAUAUUCCUGUAUCUGAAGCUUUGGCUAGGAAACACAAGACCCUGAGAGAAUGAAAACUUCUCAAUAUUUUGCAUGUGUUGUAUAUAAUGUGUGCUUAAGGGAAAAUUUAGACUUUUAAAGAGCGUGUCCAUUCUGAUGGGUUAUGUGCAUUGCACUGAACGGAGUUUUUCAAUUUGUUUCUCCUCCCUGUUCUGAAAAAACAUUCCCCUUCUCUGUUUUCCUUGAGACAUUGACUCAAAUAUGGAUCUAUAAUAACAGGUUAUCUUUUUAAAUUUUGAGACAGGCUGCAGCCUGAUCUGUAUACAUGUUGUGUGCAUUCUUUAAUUUGAACUGUAGUGGUCCCUAGCUUUGAGUGUGGACAUGGUUUGCCCAUUGACAGUAGGGUGAAGACAAAAGGAUCUUUAGAUUUAAAAUGCAUUUUGCAGUACAGCCCUCAUGUUUUACAUCAUUCCAGGGAGUUUAAAUACAAUUGAAUAUAAUUAUUUCAAAAAAAAAUAAAAGCUUUAAAUGUUUACAGUCAUUCAAGUUAUGAUCUUCAGUAUCUGAAUUUCAGAAGUAUCAAGUGAACUGAAACUUAAUUGAGUAAACUGUUUGUACCUAAAAUAAUCAGAGCUGUUGUAAGAUUUGAUAUUUAGAGAUGGACAUGAACACAAUUGUUUUUUGACCAAGAAGUUCCUAGCUAUAUCUUGUGGUGGCAUGUGAAUGAGAAGGACACUGAUUCCAGGGACUGUUCCAGUCUAUAUUUUAUUGGGUUGCAUGUUUUCUUAAAUAAAAACAUUUAACCCCAUGACAUGCAAUUAAAGUCUCCUCCUCAGUCUGAAGAUUUACUGAGUGUGUUGUUUGAUUGGGUUGCAGCUGCCAAUGUUGUCGAAGGAGCUACAACCAUCUGUGACCAUGUCAAUCACGGCAAUAAAUCUUGUUCAAAUCCAA